AUCAAAAAUUGAAGCCAUUGGUCAUGGCGUACCACCAACAUAUAGCUCUACCACCAAUCAAAUUUGUCAACAUCUUUCAAUUUGAAAUGAAUGUGUGGAUGCAACGUUUUGACAAAGAUUUGGGACUUUGGAGUACGAGAAUCGCAGUCCACAUGAACCAAACUAUGAACUACAAUUCCCCACAUGAUCACUCUGUGUCUCUAUCUCUAAGAUGAGAUGAAGAAGAAGAUUGUGUUAUGCAUCUUCCAUGGCCUGCCAUUGUGCUUGCUAUGCUUUCUUCCUAUCACCACAGAGGGAUUUCCUCAACAAAACAAAGUUUAAACUAUCAUGCAGAUCCAGUCCUGUUCUCCUUUCUUCCAUAAACAAUACUGGAGUCUCCUAUAAUCCUCUUGUCUCUGAGGCUGCUAGGCUUUUGGGUCCUCCGGCAAGAUUCGAAGCUUCAAAGUUGAAAGUAAUUUACAUGGGAGAAGACUUGAACAAGUAUUCCGGAAUUAUUCCAAGAACCUACAUCCUUUCCCACUGUGACUUCACUGCUAACUUAACCUUAACUAUCUCUGAUGUCAUCAACCUUGAUCAGUUGAAUGGAUGGUAUAGUAAGGAUGAUGUAGUAGCAGAAUGGAAGAAAGUGAACGAUCAAAUGUGUCUUCAUGUCCAUUGCUUUGUCAGUGGUCCCAAUCCCCUGCUAGACCUGGCUGCUGAGUUUAGAUACCACAUAUUCUCGAAGGAAUUGCCUUUGGUGCUCAAAGCUGUACUACAUGGAGAUUCAGUACUUUUUGGAGAGCAUCCGGAGUUACUGAAUGCUUUGGUGAGGGUAUAUUUCCAUUCUAGUUUGCGAAAGUACAAUCGGACAGAAUGUUGGGGUGCUCUCAAGAAUGCUGCAGAGGGAAGACAAGGGGACCAAACCCAAGGGUUAUUUAGUGGAAGUGAAGAUGGUUUAAAGCAGAAGUGGAGACGCCCAGAAUCCAUCAUCCAAGCUCUUUUUGCCUUCCUUCUUUGAAGUACUGCACAUAACAGGCCGGCAGCUUAAUUAAAUCAUAAACGGUUUUUCUAAUCUUCAUGCCACAGAGACAGCAAUUUUCAGGUGACUGGGCCAAAAUCAGGAUUCAUUAUUCAUAGUGAGGCCCUUAAGAAGCUCUUAGGGGAAGUGAUAAAGGCCAACCACACAUAAGAAAUGUGAAAGUACUUGAUUCUUUACAAUUCACACACUCUUCAACUGGAAUAUUGACACACAAUUCUUGUGUAGCUGAGACGAUUUUCUUCAUUUGUUGAAUCAGAAAAGGGCUGAUAUCUUGGGUUGGAUUUUUGUGUGUGUCAAUUCUAUUCUAUCUCAAAGGAAGCUCAAGAUGUGAUUACUAUUCAUGAUAAGUUUCAUUUAUUUGUUGUUCAUCAAAGGUUAUUAUAUCAAUGAUCUACUCAAUGAGAGUUUCAUGUC